GUUACAGAAAAUUAUUAGUUGGAUCACGUUGAUCAUUUUGAAUGUAAAGUAUUAUAUGCGUUUUAUUUAAAUGUUUAAAUAUUACAAGAUAGGUUACUCACUAUAUUUUAUUUUUAUUGGUAUAUGUGCAAAUUCUCUAUAUUCCAACCUUUUUACGCCCCCCUCCAAAUGGUGUGAGUUGGAAAAUACCACUCGCAUAUGCUUUAUCGGACACAUGUUCAAGCUAAGCAUUAGUCGAUAUAUUAUGUUAUUUACGGAAUUAUGAUCAUUUGAAUAUCACCAGGCAUCGGGGGGUGCAGCUUAAAUCAGAUAUAGCCCUUUUUUGAGGGAUAGUAAUUGUAGACACGCAAAAAAGGGGAAAGCCGUGGAAAGGCCGUCAGGCGGCCGGCGUGAGCCUGGGAGUUUCCUGCGGGAGUCGUGCGAAGCGGCACGCGACGGCACGCGGGAAACGACUCGCGGCCCGCGGCCGGGGGAUUGGUCAGGAUCGGAUCGUAUUUCUUUGGUGCUGAAGUGCUGUAGACAAACCUCACCAUGAGCUCUCGCGUGUGUAAGACCUGUGGGUGCACGGACAUUGACAUCGAUCAAGCCCGGGGCAAUGCUGUCUGCAUGGGAUGCGGCUCUGUCCUGGAGGACAACAUCAUCGUUUCGGAGGUUACCUUUGUGGAGAACAGUGGUGGGGGCUCGUCGGCGGUUGGACAGUUUGUUGCAUCAGAUGGCACAGGCAAAACUCCAGUUCUGGGAAGUGGGUUUCACACCACCCUGGGGAAGGAGUCCCGUGCUCAGACCCUGCUGAAUGGUAAGCGGCAGAUCAACCACCUGGGCCAUCAGCUCCAGCUGAACCAGCACUGCCUGGACACGGCCUUCAACUUCUUCAAGAUGGCCGUGUGCAAGCACUUGACGCGUGGUCGCAAGAUGGCCCACGUGGUGGCCGCUUGUCUCUACCUGGUGUGCAGGACGGAGGGCACACCCCACAUGCUGUUGGACCUGAGUGACCUCCUCCAAGUCAAUGUUUACAUCCUGGGAAGGACUUUCCUCCUCCUGGCCAGAGAGCUCUGCAUCAACGCCCCAGCCAUCGAUCCUUGCUUGUACAUCCCACGCUUCGCCCACAUGCUGGAGUUCGGGGAGAAGAACCACGAGGUCUCCAUGACGGCGCUGCGGCUGCUGCAGAGGAUGAAGCGUGACUGGAUGCACACGGGACGCCGGCCGUCAGGGCUUUGCGGUGCAGCGCUCCUGGUGGCCGCCCGGAUGCACGAGUUCCGCCGCACCGUUAAGGAGGUCAUCUCGGUGGUGAAGGUGUGCGAGGCGACGCUGAGGAAGAGGCUGACUGAGUUUGAGGACACGCCCACCAGUCAGCUGACCAUCGAUGAAUUUAUGAGGGUGGACUUGGAGCAGGAAUGUGACCCACCUUCGUUUACUGCCGGCCAGCGGAAGCUCCGCCUACAGCAGCUGGAACACGAGCUGGCCAAGAAGAUUGAUGAAGUUCAAGGGGAAAUCUGCAGCUACCAGGAUGAGAUCGAGCUGGAACUGGAAAGCAGCCGGCCCAAGCUGAAAGGGCCGUACGCUUCGUACGCUAGGGAAGACUCCAGCGAUGAUUCUGUGUCGGUGGCCUCCGGGUUGCCUGGCAACGAGGACGACGCAGAUGAAGAGCUGAAGGCGGCCGCCCAGCAGCUCACCAAAGACUUCUACAGCGAGCUGAUGCCCGGGGCAGGGGAGGCUUCGCGGGCAGAGGAGGGGUCGGAGGCCGAGUCUGAGCAAGUGGUCCUUCCCAGAUACCCCCCGCUGGCCUCACUGCUAGGCCCCCUCCCCACUGCAGCCAGCCUGGGUCUCUCAGAGUCUAUCCAGAAGUGCAUCACUGAGAAGGAUGUGGAUGGAAACUCUGAGAACGGAGAGCUGGACCUGAAGGGGAUCGACGACGACGAAAUCGAGAGGUACAUUCUAAAUGAGAAGGAAGUGAAGAUCAAGACUGAGCUGUGGAUGCAGCAAAACGCAGACUAUUUGAAGGAGCAGAAAGAAAAAGAAGAGAGAAUCGCAAAGGAGAAGGAGCUGGGCAUAUACAAGGAGCAGAAGCCCAAGAGGCCGCCGAAAAAGCGGGAGCCAAUCCGGGCGAGCACGGCGGGCGAGGCCAUAGAGAAGAUGCUGGAGCAGAAGAAGAUCUCCAGUAAGAUCAACUACGACGUGCUGCGUGACCUCGACAAGAAGGGCAGCAGCCCCGGCGCGCAGCCCGAGGAGACGCCAAGCAGCCCCGGCGGCCGCAAGCUAAGCGGUCGCAGGAAGCGCAACAUGGCCGCCCUCGGCCUGGGCAACCCCAUCAGCAGCGUGGGCAAGAGGUUAAGGCCAUUGAUUUCAGCCCACGUCGGUAAGAAGCCUGCCAGCAGCCAGCAGGCAGCCAAAGCCAGUGCCGCAGUGGUCACUGCGGAGACCUCGCAGCCCGUGGUGGUGGAGAGUGGGCCAGUGGUAUAUGAAGACGCGAUGGAGGAAGAGGAGGAGGAAGAGGAGGAGCCUUGUGUCAGCGCCAUGCAGCUCAUGGGAGGCAACGAUUAUGGGUGCGACGUAGAUGACGACGACGGGCUGUAGCACUGGGAUCUUCUCCUGUCGGUCAGCUCGGGCCCCCCCACGCUCUCAGCUGCUGUCGCAUGGAGGCAAGGGGGCUGCCGCAAAUACACUGCUCAGAUUCCAGACAGGGAGAUCAUGCAUUACCACUAUAAAACUGCUUUGUAAAUUCCCAUCUGAAACCCAGAAGGAGAGGGAGUUUCUGUGCCAGUGUACCUGACGGAAGGAAGCUGUUACAAUGCUGGCAAGGCCAGAGUGAAUAAUGGCGCGUUUGAACGGUGCUGAUGUGCGUGGUGGCGUGGCAGGCCGAUGCCCUAGGUGGCAUCGCGUUUCACUUCUCUGCUGCUUUGCUCAUCAGUGCUUUCAGUGUCUGUCGGUGGACGGAGAUGGGUGGGGAAAAUGGAAUCGCAAAUGAACGCACAGCGUGUUUUCCCCGCUGCAGCGUGAACCAUGUGAAACGCUUAUGAUUUCCACUGUUGUAACAGUGCAAAAAUAAACCGCAGAGUCAGCUUGAUUUUUCGUCAGCGACACAAAGCUGUCUGGAGAUCCUACCCGCUUUUCUGCUCUGCUGAGUGAGAGCGGCUGCGUGUCUCACCUGUAUCUGCUUAGCUAGUCCCGUCCGAACCAAAGGAAUCAUCUUUAUCACUUAUGCCGUCAUCCUUUUAGGGGAGGGCUGCCAGAUUUCCAGGUGAAAUUGAAUCAGUCCCAGAUACUGGAUCCAUGGUCAGAAGCAUCCUUUGUGAUGGUACAUCGCCGGCAGAAGGUUUUCUGGAACUGUUGAGUGUGUAAGGAUGUGCUUCCUCACUGCUGUGGUUCAUAUUGGUUGCCGUUGGGCACACGCCCACAUGCAUAUACAGUGAAGGCAGCUUCUGGGGUGUUCUGGGGAGAAUAUUUAUGGAACCAAAGUAUGAUGUAGCCUUAAUUCUAUAACCUCAGAGGAAAUCUAGCGAGGAUGUUCUUUUUCCCUAGUUUUUGUGUUAAAAUGUGUUUAACGAGUAACCCGUUGUGGCUCAACUAUAGGGGUUUGGAGGCUUGGAUAGUGUCCUGAGCUCUUAAGUGUUGUCAGCAGUUUUCUGUUUGUUUUUGUCUUUUUUUUUUAAUAGCCAUAGUAUUUUUAUUUAUUUGAUCAAGUCUGAUGUGCCUAGUUUGUGCUUAGACAUAGGGGGUCUCUGUAACCGUCUUGUUCCUCUAUAGAGCAGGUGAACUGUUUACAAAUACAAAGGGUUUCUGUACAGAUAGUUUGUAUAUAUAUAUUUACACCCUUACUGAUGUAAAUAGUUGUAGUGUGUUUCAACUUUAUAGUUGACAUAAGCAUUUAAAAGAAUUAUUUAGAAGACGGCCAUUCCAAUUUUUUUUUAUAAAAUAAUGUAAAAAAAAAAUUAUGUAAUGUUUUUAUCCUUUUGUCAGUAGUGCUAUGUGUUCCAUAGUACCCAUGAUGCAUUUCGGCAGUGGUCAUGUGACUAAUCAUUGCCAUUUUCCCUCAUAAGUAAAAUUCCAUUUCAGAGGAA